AUGAUCCAGUUCCACAAAGGAGAGUCCUACAGCGUCAGCGUCACCUUCACCAGCAACACCCAGUCUCAGAACAGCACGGCGUUGGUUCACGGCCUGGUGCUUGGCGUCUUGGUGCCCUUCCCCAUCCCCGAGCCCGACGGCUGUAAGAGCGGCAUCAACUGCCCCAUUAAAAAGAGUAAAACCUACAACUACCUGAACAAGCUGCCCGUCAAGAGCAAAUAUCCCAGUGACCAACUGCCCGACCAGGCUGUCAGCUGUUUCCCUGAACAGCCUCCUUCAAAACAGAUUUAG